AAAACAUUCAGUAGUAAUCUAGACUUGGUGCAGUGAGGACGGGUAUUGCAUAUUCUCGUCGCACCUUGUCAAUGUAAACAUACCCAUAUGGAGUAUCCAUUUCGGAUUUACUUUAAUCGGAAGGGUAGUACAGUGAUACCCAUUACCUUGGUUGUCUAAGGAGUGAAGCAUCGCUCGUGGAUAACUCAACGUUUAUCAAAAUGUUUAUGCAGAGAGUGUUCAAUGUCUUCUCUCAAAAUUCAAACCUCCCGCUCCCAGUUGACAGGUCCAAACCGAAGCCAGUGCCUAACGUUGGUCGGGAUCAACACAGCCCCAGCAGCCACAACACCACCAGUCACACCAUCAGUACCACAACCGGUCACCACACCACCCAUCACCACCACCUUAUCACCACCACUCCUAACCACUCUCCCACCACCUCCACCACGACGCACCUGUGUCGCCACAACAGUCCCUUCUCCACCUCCAGGCCCCCCAGUCACUCCCCCUGCGGUGGAGGAGGCAAUGGGCGAGGUUGUGGACCAGGUGGAGGAGGGGGAGGAAGAGGAGGUGGAGGUCCGGACAGAGAAAUUCUUUACCGUCUAGAUAAAACGGUGGACGAAAGGGGUAAAGUGGUCUCCAAGGUGUUGGGCAAGGGCGGCUUUGGCACCGUGUACGCCGGCACCAGGGUGAAGGACGGAGCGCCCGUAGCCAUCAAGCUCAUAGCCAAGAACCGAGUGCCCGCCUGGGGUGUGGUAAACGGGGAGCGAGUGCCUAUGGAGGUGGCACUGCUCCUGAGGGUGGCACAUAUCCCACAGGUGGUGCGCCUUCUCGACUGGUUAGAGAGGGACGACUCCUUCCUUCUGAUCCUAGAACGGCCUGAUCCUUGCAAGGACCUGUAUGAUUACGUCACCGAACGGGGUCCCCUACCUGAACAAGAAGCUCGGGACCUCAUGAUACAGGUGGUGACGAUGGUCUUGUCUUGCCACAUGGCCGGGGUGAUCCAUCGGGACAUUAAAGACGAGAAUCUCCUCGUCACCACAGAUAAACACGGGAGAGUCGCCCUUAAGCUCAUAGACUUUGGCUCCGGGGCGUUCUUCGUCAGGGAUAAAGUCUACACGGAUUUUGAGGGAACAAAGGUGUACUCCCCUCCAGAGUGGAUCAUACACAACCAGUACCAGGGGGUCCCGGCCACUGUGUGGUCCUUAGGCAUCCUGCUGUACGACUUGGUGUUCGGGGACAUCCCCUUCGAGUACGAGGAACAGAUCGUGUCGGCCAGGCUACAGUUCCGGCUGCCAGUCUCCGAUGAGUGCCAGAGACUCAUUCGGUGGUGCCUGCAGGUGCAGCCGGGUGACCGUCCCUCCUUGGAGCAAAUUCUACAGCAUCCGUGGUUCAUGCUCCGGUCCAAGGACGCUCUUACACGGUCUAUCUCCACCCGCAGCGCCCCCGCCGCCACGCCUUCCUCUCUGGCCGCCCACAGCGCCACCUCGCCCGUAGGCUCUCUGGGGUCAGUCGGGUCCUCGCACAGCUCUGGGUCUCUCCCGCCCACUCCUCGGCCGCAGGAUAGACUCGAGUUUAGCUCCACGUCCUCCCAAGGCAGUCAUGCAACGACGUUGUGACGCCAGCGACGGCUAACCGCUACUACCUAGUUCACGCCCGUGCCCUCAUGAACCACGUCGCCACCGUUACCCGCGACCAACAUCCCCGUCAAGAGAUGAAAAAUUUGGCGUGGGUGGCAAUGGGUGCCCAGGAGAGGGCACCUGUGACCAAACCAGGGCGUGGAGGUGAGUGAGGGCACGGCUUAGUACCCAGCAUCAGUGCCCAACUACCAAAGCCCUGUCGUCGUCAUCGUAGUGAGUCAUCUUGUAUAUAGCUUCAUCACCCAUCACCCUCUUCACCUGCAUCAUUGUCCUCCCGGGAUUUGUUUAUAAAUCAGUUUCCCCAUCGUGGCCUCUCAGUCGCCAUAAGGACAACUACAUUCUUAUUUUUUAGUCAUAUUUAUACUGUGUCCCUCUGUAGUGCAUUUAGAGACGACUAUGGUUUCUCCGUGAGGCACCGCCACACUCACUAUUGUGAUGACCAGUGAACACAUCCUGGUGAAGAUAUCGCCUCAGCGACAGGUCAGGCGAGGUCAUAUUUCCUUAAAAUUUGCAAAGGGAAAAAGUCUGACCUUAAGUUACUUGUCGAUGACCUCUGACCCCUCAGCACUCUGGUAACUCUUUAGUGCUAGUUCCUCUGCUGCUCCUCACCCCUUUGUCUCCCCAGUGACACGGCCUUUCCUCUCUGUCUUACCUUACAUCCUGAGUAUUUCGAACCUCCCCUCCCCUACGUCAUCCUGAACGUCGCACACGCUAUUACUACCACAUAGGCUACACCAGGAGCCUUCCUUGAUGGUAGAGUCUUUGUGCACAACUGAGACUCUCCCAGAGGAUCGGCGACCCAUCCACUCAAGCCAACAGUCUUCUUCUUCCUCUUCUCUCACCUACUUACGUCCAUGUCCUCCUACUUCUCCUCAGUUCCUUGUGUCCCCUUGUUCCACUUGCCUUCCUUCAGCCCUUACAUUCCAGAGAUGAACUUCUAGUACCCAUAAUUUGUUGGGUGUACAUAUUAAUUUUAGUCGCAUUGCCUGCUUUUUGUAGAAUAUGGAACUUUUAUUUAUUAUAUUUAUUGAUCGGCUAAGCCUCAUUGGUGACCGGGAGAUGUACUAGAUAUGGGAAGGACGAGAAAUUAUAUUUUUGUUCACACAUUCUUCUUUUUGCUUUUAUUUUUGUAACUGAUAAUUCAACUUCCCAAAUCUACUAAGCCGGCACGAUAAUCUUAUCCAUUGGUGCUAUAAAUAAUCCGCUGAACAUAUUAUUGAUAAUGUAUUCGAUAUUUCGAAGUGAUCUUUUCUUAGGCUCUGCGAGUCAUGGAAUUAUCGUAUAGAAUACUAUUUUUCCCCCUUUUUCUGUUUUAUGUCGCCGUGAAUGAUAUUUAUCAUUACACGUCUCUUUUCCCUCUAUUGGUACAUUUUUGUUUAUAGAGGAAAUGCUGACGUCAGCAAUAUGGUCUCUGUAAGUGUUUAUCGUGCGCUGGGGGAAGGGGUCGCUCACGGCUCCUCAGAUUAACAUUUUGAACAUUUGUGUAUCGCCUUUCAUCGGCGAUAUGUGUUCAUCAAAAUGAAAAUUUGCUCUUCAAGGUUCGAGUAAUAUUAAUCAAAAUAAUCCUAAAGCCUAGCAGAGAUACACCAGUGUAAUGCAUAUUGCAGUAUUAAAGUACCAAGGAGAGAGAGUGACCAUCACGCCGUGGACGCCUUGUGCCUCCCGCUCCACCUCCAAAAGGAUAUUUCCUUCGCAUAUAAUACAUUCUAAGUCAACCUUUAGCCUCGCUGUGCGCCCGCCAGGUGCAUCAGUAUAUCGUAUUUAUGUUGUAAUAUAAAACAGUGCAUAAAAUUGGAACUUAUUGUUGGGUAUACACUAAUGUAUACGUCCAACUUGUCAAGUUCUUCAAGUAAACUUCUUAUUUCCAGUAUGGUUAUCGCAUUGAAGGUAAUGCCUCGUUCCUCUUUCCUUAACGACCCUCUAAAACAAUUCUCUUCUACACGAGUUCCUGUGCUGUAUAAAGCUUCUUGUUUAUUAUUUUUACUAAGGCAGCUAUGUAUUGCGACGAGACCAAAGAAGUCUGCACCUAUGUUAGUCUCUGACCUAGAGGUCAUUUUACCAUUGUGUCAACAAUGUUACAAAUACGUCUACGGCCACGGCACUAAACAAGGGUCACUCUGGGAAUAAUCUUGUCCAAUGAUUGUGUUGCUUCUCGAGUGUCAUAAGAACACAUGAACAAUUUGUAGGUUGGUAACGAAUUAUGGUGAUCCGCUUAAGUCAUGGUGUAGGUAGUGAGCCGCGUGAUCCUGUAGACUGUACCUGUAGCUCGUCCACGCUGUAGCACGGCAGCCAAAAAAUUUUAUUGUUAAAUGUAAUAAACUGUUUAAUUAACAUGACGAGGGGAUGAUUCUCUGGAAAGAUCUGAUGCUUUAUUGAGUGCGUUUAUUUUUUCGUGUUUUUCCAAGGAUCUUAACCACCUGCCUCGUAUAUACGCCGACAGCACAGCCAGCUUUACAGGCACGUAGUGUGUCGUUUAGGGGAGGGUUAAGGGGAAGUGACCCUUAAAACCCCCUAAUAGACCUUGCCUUUUCGAGAUAGAAUAAGUAAAAAAAAAUAAACGAGUUCUGGGUGAGCUCUCUCAAGAGUGCCUCACGCCAGCCACGAUGACUGCGGUGACUUUGUGAUAGCACACAAUUAACCGAUAGACCCACACUAAUAACACUAGUAUGUUUCUCAAGGUUAUAGAGUUCUGUGUUGCAGCUUUUUCCUUUAUUAUUUUUCCCUUAGUAAUGCAGGCUGACUUCACUCGCUUCUCCUAGAUGAUACACAGUUAUAAAGCAAGACAGACAACGUCAAGGCUUGCAAAUUUAUUUUAUUUUAUUUAUUUUUUUUUUUUUAUUAAUUAAGACUGAAGGCAUUCUGUUCCUUACUCCAAACCUAUUUCAGAAAUCUCUCACCUACAUUACAACAAUAAUCCUCCCCUGCUUCUCAUGUUAAAGGGAAAAAUUCAGAAGCAACUGAUGAAACAAUGCAAGUCAAGUCUGUAUAGGAUCAUUUUCUCUCUUGUAUGUGGGGGACGACACACCUUUAAAUACAUGGUAGGUCUUACAAGCAUUAUCCAGGCUCUUACGCUUGGAAUCAUUAAGGAAUUUUUCCACGCAUGGCUUUCAGUGAUCAUUCGUUCUUAGGGGAAUUACGACCACAUAACCCGAGCCAGUUGUCGUACCAUACGCGUCUGAGGCCCCUUGCUAGUUUAUUGGUGUGUGUUAUAUAACAAACUUUUCAAAAAAAAAUGUGAUGGCUAAUGAAGAAGGUAGUGUUUGUAAUGGCGCGAUGAUCCGUGUAUUUAAACAGUUGUCUAGUCUCCACAUGUCGUGUUUGUCCCCAAGACCUGGCAGAGAAGUGUAUCAAGCUUGUUCUUGAGUAUUUAUACAGGAAAAACAAUGUAGUGUUAUAAAUGAGUAUAAUAGAGGUGUGCCGCUAACUUUAUCCGACCUGUAUAUCACCUGUAAUGUUAUCAAAUAUAAUCAGAGACCGGAUGUGUAGCCACCUGUAAUUUUCUUUGAACCUAAGUGUGUAAUCAUUGCCAAAAAAGUUGAAUAUGGAAGAUAUACUAUACUAAUAUAUAUAUAUAUAUAUAUAUAUAUAUAUAUAUAUAUAUAUAUAUAUAUAUAUAUAUAUAUAUAUAUAUAUAUAUAUAUAUAUAUAUAUACAUAUAUAUAUAUACAAUAUGAUAAUGAUACCCGGUGUUAAAUCUAUCACGAGAUGUUAAAAAAAAUUUCUACUCAUUUCUCGAUGCAGAUCUGAUUUGCUUCUAAGAUCAAUGAUAUACAUUUUGUAAAGGAAUGUUUUGCGAACUGAAAUAAAAAUUAAACGAUAUCAAGCAAUCAUAUCAAAGUUCCUUUUCCACAGUGGUUAAGUACAGGUCAGACUAUGGGAGCAACAGCUAGGGGUCAUAUUGCCACAGGGUGUAUGAAGAGUGUCCACCUAAUGAGCAUCUCUCUAAUGUGAUCUAUCUUCCCAACACCACGUUCCACAUACUUCACAUCAACAUUUUUAUUUAUGUGAGAUUUUCCCGAAUUAUUGCUUUCAUUUUAUUGAUUUUUUUAUUGUCAAUGAAUUGCUUAUAUAUUCAGUGACGAGAGAAAGAGAGAGAGAGCAAUAUACAGACCCCUGAGCCUUGUAGCAUCCGUGUGUGAUGAAUAUUUAUGUAUGAUUAAUAAUAUUAUCCAAGAGUUCUGAGUAGUGUGAGUACCACAGUAUUACAGUGACCAGCUUAGUGACUCUGACACGUAUAUUCACAUAACGAGUAAAAUCUCAUUUUCUCUUAUGUAAAUUACAUUAUAUUCUAGUGACAUGUAAAUGUUUUAUUGUGUUCCUAUUUAACAUGUAUAUUUAAGAUGUGUUUUUUUUUUAUAUAUCUUAAACGUAAGUGGUUUUUUUUAUGUCAAAACUCGUGAAAUGAACUUCUGUUGAGGUAGUCUUAGCAGCGUCAGAGGCACUAACCCCGUCACACAUACUCAGUGAUAUUAUCAAUGAGACUGGUGAGGUAGCGAUCUGUACUGCCGACACGUCUAUCUACUGUACUGUGUUAUAGUAUGUCGGGGACCACAACACCAUGGCGGCAGUAGGAGAAAAAAACAAUCUACAAGGUCUGAUAAUAUGACUGACCGACUCUGAUUUAUCCAUUGUUUAGAACUCUUGUAUUUUAUUUAUUGAUGGAGUAUAAAUAAUAUGCCUGAAAAUAAAAACCGUGUUUGUAAGAAAAAUAUUUUUGUAAAAAAUAUUGAAAAUUCAUGUGUAAUGAUUAAAUUUUUAAGUUUGAAGCUAA